CGCCUGUGUUGACCAAUCCCAACUACAGCAUGGCAACUUACUGUAUACAUAAUCAUGGCUACCUACAUGUGGAAAAGCCGUGAUAGAAGCUAUGAGCAGGAAAGGGCAAAACUUCAGUGCCACACUCAAGAAGUUUUGGAGAAACACCCUUUGAGGCCCAUGAUUGUGACUGGUGACAUUGGAAAAUCAUCCAGAAGUGAGAGAGCAAGUGAGGGAUCCAGUGGCAUCAUUACACCCCAGCAUGAUUCUGAAAGAGUAUUUGAUCCUUUAUCACUGGCUGUUGAGAAUGAAGACCCAUUGGAUCCUCUUAGUCAGUUUCUUCAUGAGCAAGAUGGAACCCUCCCACAGAGCAAAAAGGCAAGGAAUUGUAACAAGACUAUCCUGGGCCAUGGUACAAGGAGUUCUGCCACAGGAAAGAGUUCUGACAAAUCUAGCAGUCUCAUGGAACCAUGGAGUUCAAGAAGGCAGUCCAUUCUUGCAAGAUUCACCACUUCUGAAAAACUCUCCAUGAUUACCAGCUUCCUUGCAGGAGGUGACAAAGUUGUGGUGAAGGCAGCUACAAGUACAGUGGACAAGGUAAAACAUCGUUUGGAGCAGUUAGAUGAUUUUGAAGAGGGUUCUAUUCGAGAAAUGCUGAAUCUUUCACAACAAGAAUACACAAGUCGCAUCCAACAACUUAAUACUGCCCUCACUCAGGCAUGGUCUGAUGACCAGCGUGUCAAGGCCCUCAAGAUUGCAAUUCAAUGUGCCAAGUUGCUGGUUGACACAAGUGUGUUGAAUUUCUACCCAAGCAAAUUUGUUCUUGUGACAGACAUCCUGGACAACUUUGGGGACUUAGUAUAUGAACGAUUGUUCAGAAAGGCUGAAUAUAGUCCGAGCCCUAGAGUGGGAAAGCCUAUUGAACUUCCACUGGACUUCACCCCAGAAAUAGUUCCAGAAAGUGCCAAGGAAACAGCACGGAACUGGUUUUUCAAGGUUUCAUCUAUUAGGGAGUUAUUACCUCGCUUUUACUUGGAGGCAGCCAUCCUGAAGUCUUAUAACUUCAUUAGCUUGGAAGAGCUAUCUGCUGCAGUGAAGCGCUUGACUGGGAUGAUCAGAGGAUUUGGAAAUCCAUUGGUUGCCACUUAUGCUCGGUGCUAUCUCUGCCGCGUUGCCAUUUCCAUCCUCCCUAUGGAGCAACAGUAUCUUCUCCCCAAUCUCUUUGAUUUUCUUAGAAUAUUCCCACAGUUGAAAAGCCCUGAUGUUAGAGAAGAGGUUUCCAAACAGAAGAUGGAAUGGUCAGAAUACCUUACACUGUACACACCAGCCCUUGACUGGAUUUUGGAAUGUAUUGCAUCAUGCUCCCAACUUUCUCAACUCCUCUCUGAGAUUUCUCCUUUUGGCCACAAUGCCCUGGUGCUGAACUCCCUGAUGGCUGCCUUUAGGCCUAAUGAUGUGGCAGAGCGAGCUUUGGAGCUGGUGGAGUUGAUGAAAGAGUUCGAGGAGACUGGAUUCCCAUUGCAUGUCCUAUAUCGUACACUGGGUCUUUGCCUGCUCCUUGCUGAUCCCCCACUUGACCAGAGGAGGAUGAAAAAGGAGUUGAAUGCAUUUCUUGGUGAUGUCAUCCGUCGAAUGACCCCUGGUCGAGCAUAUGAGGCACAUUAUCAUGAACUGCAUGUCAUCCUGGAUCGCAUCCUCUCGUAUGACAAGGACUUCAACCUCCUUUUUUCUGUUGAGAACUUCCUUCCAUAUUUGGACCUAUUUCAAAAGGAGAGUGUGAGAGUGGAGGCAUGUAAAGCCAUAAUAGAGGCUUUUCUCAAAGGGCAAAAGUCUGUCACCCCUGAUCCUCUCAUUGUCAAUACACUCUUGGCCAUCUGUAAGAACAUGCAUGAUUCCCUCAAUGCAUUGAGUAUGGAAGAUGAGAGAAGGCACAUGAGUGGGCUCAUCAAUGGAUUUCUCUGCUCUGUCUCUUAUGGACGAGACUUUGAGCAACAGCUGAAUUUCUACUGUGAUGCCAGAGCUGCAUUCUCCAGUUUGGAUCCUGUCAUGAGCCAGCUGGUGCAGCUGGUGAAUCGAUUGGCUGUUGAGACGCAUAUCAUCAUGAAGGGGAAUCACUCAAGGAAGACAGCUUCAUUUGUGAGGGCUUGUGCAGCUUUCUGCUUCAUCACAAUCCCAUCCAUGAGGAACAUCUUUGCCCAACUUUCACUCUAUCUCUUGUCUGGCCAGGUUGCUCUCCUCAAUCAGUGCUGGGGACAAGCUGAUGCAUGCUUGAAAGGAGCCAUCAGUCUCAUCCCAUUUGUACCAAAAUUUUUGGAACAGGAUGGGAAGAGAAAAAGCACUGAGCAUCUUUUAUUAUCCAUCCUAUCCCAGCUCACUUCCACUCUCUUGUUAUUUCCUGACAACCCAGACCAAGGAGUUCUGAGCCUUCUUCGAGGUCUCUUGACCAUCAUUGACUCUUACACAUGGGAUAUAAAUCAGGACACAAAAACUCUAUUCCAUCUUCAUACAUUGGCCAUUGUUGCUGCAUACUCUCAAGAAUCCUAUAUCUACCACAUCCCUGGAGUUGAUUCAAAUGAUGUGAUGUAUGGUCACAAUGAAACAUUCUUGAAGGAGCUGGAGUCAUUGGGAACAAGCAUUCUCUCACAGAUCCUUGACUAUCUUAAAGAGCUGGGUAAUAGACACCUCUACAAGAGGCAGAGUCAAUUGUGCCUGACCCUCAUUCAGCAAAUAUUGGUCCAUGGAGACGUGAACCACCCCCCAUUGCACAAGCUCACCUUGAAUCUUUGGUCUUUGGCUCAGAAGCAUGGAAGGGCUGACACUUCCUCCCUGAUGGCAAUCAAAAGGAAGGUGAUGAGUCCUGAGAAUCACCAUCUUGCAAGUCUUGCUCUGCUUCUCCAAAUCAAAGUGUGAUUCAGUUGUGAUAUUUGAUUGCUGCCAUCAAUAUAUAUGCA